AUGAAGUAUGCAUUUGGUGUUCUACUCUUUAUUUGGACAGGUUAUAGCUUAUCAUUGAUGCCAAAAUUGACAUUGGAUGAGUUCUUCAAAUAUACUGAUUUUACGUCAUUGACACUUGCACCUGACAAUAGUCAAUCAAUUCUUAUUCAAACACGACAUCCCAUAUGGGAUCACAAUGUUAAUGAAUAUCAUCUCCAUUUGUACUCACUCGAUAGUAAAAACAUGACAUUAUUAACAAAACACUCGUCCGGUUUACUUCGACCUCGUUGGCAUGGCGAAUGGAUUGCCUAUUUGAUUGCAAAUCUGUCCAAUACUAUUUAUCUGUAUUCAACUCGAACUGAGCAAACAUUUUCUCUGCCAUUGGGUAACGAAUCGAUUCAUGCUUUUACAUUGUCAAAUAUUAAUACAAGUCUCUAUUUUGCUACACGAACAUUGUGGACAGAUGAGACUGAUAAAGCAUACAAAAAUGAAUGGAAGGAUGUAAUUGAAUAUCGAGGCAAAGAACGAGGUGAUACAAUCUAUCGUGUCAAUUUGGAAGAUAUCAAUCAAUUUCAAAUCGAAAUUUUGACAAAUAUUUCAUUGCGUGUCGCAGAAUUGAUUUGUUCAUUCGAUGGAAAACAUCUAGUGUUUUCGACUGAAUCAACAUCACAACAAAUGGAAUCAAUGGAUGAUUAUGAAAUUUAUGCCAUGGAUUUGACUGAUCGCUCAUCUACUGUUCCACGUCGAUUGACAAACAAUCAAGCUAUUGAACGAAACUUGAAAUGGUUUGACAACGAAUCGUUUCUUUUCACUGUAUCAAGCGAAGGAUCAAUUGAUGGUGAAUAUCGAGAUACACAAGGACGACUUUAUUCAUUCGAUCUUCUCAGUAAAACUAUUCAUCGUUGGGCUGAUCAAUUUGCAGGUUCAAUAAGAGGUUACGAUUUGUUAGAAAAUGGACGAAAAGGUUUAAUCAUUCUUGGCCAAUUGAAUACCGAGAUACAGAUUUAUACACAACAAUCAAUAAGUAGUCCAUUGGCUAAAAAAAUAGGUUGGAAUGGCACAUAUGAAUCAAUUGUUACUUCCUGUGCUAAUAAUAAAUCUAUAAUUGCUUUUCUUCAUUCUUCGUUC